CCGGGCCGGGCCGGGAUGGGCGAGAGCACCAGUCCCAUCAGCGUGAUCCUGGUGAGCUCGGGCAGCCGCGGCAACAAGCUGCUGUUCCGCUUCCCGUUCCAGCGCGGCGCCGAGCACCCCGCCGCGCAGGACAACAAACCGAGGAGUCGAUACGCUGUGAAUGGCUCUGGUGACACCACAGAAGAUCAAGAUGGGGACUCCAGAGACCAAUGUCCUCUAACUGAUGAGCAAUUGGUUUCGGGGUUUUCAGAUGUCAUCCUGGCAACGAUUUUGGCUACCAAGUCAGAUAUGUGUGGCAAAAAGUUCGAGCUGAAGAUCGAUAACGUUCGCUUCGUUGGCCAUCCCACGCUGCUCCAACACGCCCUCGGGCAGGUAUCCAAAACUGAUCCCUCACCAAAGAGAGAGAUGCCCACUAUGAUUCUGUUCAACGUGGUGUUUGCACUAAGGGCCAACGCGGACCCGUCGGUGAUAAACUGCCUGCACAACCUGUCCCGCAGGAUCGCCAUCGUCCUGCAGCACGAGGAGCGCCGCUGCCAGUACCUCACCAGGGAGGCCAAGCUCAUCCUGGCCAUCCAGGAUGAGGUGUCUGCCAUGUCAGAAACCACAGAAGGGCCACAGUCACCUUUUCAUCACAUCCUACCCAAGUGCAAACUGGCCAGAGAUCUCAAAGAGACAUAUGACAGUCUCUGCACGACAGGGGUGGUUCGUUUGCACAUCAACAACUGGCUGGAGGUGAGUUUCUGCCUCCCUCACAAAAUCCACUAUGUUGCCACCAACUUCAUACCCCCAGAAGCAAUUGAGAGGAGUCUGAAAUCCAUCAGGCCUUACCAUGCCUUAUUACUUUUAAAUGAUGAGAAGUCGUUGCUUAAUGAGCUCCCGUUGGACUGCUCUCCUGCCCUGGUGAGAGUAAUUAAAACUACCUCUGCUGUGAAGAAUUUGCAGCAACUGGCUCAAGAUGCUGACUUGGCAUUGCUGCAGGUUUUCCAGCUUGCUGCACAUCUCGUUUACUGGGGAAAAGCAAUUAUUAUUUAUCCUCUUUGUGAAAACAAUGUCUACAUGCUCUCUCCAAAUGCCAGUGUCUGUCUUUACUCUCCCUUGGCAGAGGCGUUUUCCUGCCAGUUCCGUGGCCACAACCUGCCAUCCAUGCUCUCCAAGUUCUCCCUCCCUGUGUCCCUCUCGGAGUUCAAGAACCCGCUGGCGCCGCCCGUGCAGGAGACCCAGCUCAUUCAGAUGGUGAUAUGGAUGCUGCAGCACAGGCUCCUGAUCCAGCUCCACACCUACGUGUGCCUGAUGGUGCCCCCGAACGAGGAGGAUCUCCGGGCCCAGGAUGAAGACAUGCCCUUCACUGCCAGAGUUGGAGGCCGAAGUCUGAGCACCCCCAACGCUCUCAGCUUUGGUUCUCCAACCAGUAGUGAUGACAUGACUCUGACAAGCCCUAGCAUGGAUAAUUCCAGUGCUGAGUUGAUACCUGGUGGGGACUCACCCCUGAAUAAAAGGAUGACAGAGAAUCUCCUCGCCAGCUUGUUGGAACACGAGCGGGAAGCGAUCCUGAACGUCCCUGCUGCCCAGAACCCUGAGGACCUGCGCAUGUUUGCGAGGCUCCUGCACUACUUCCGGGGGCGGCACCACCUGGAGGAGAUCAUGUACAACGAGAACAUGCGGCGCUCGCAGCUGCUGAUGCUCUUCGACAAGUUCCGCAGUGUCCUGGUGGUCACCAGCCACGAGGACCCCGUGAUUUCCGUCUUUCAGUCCCUCCUGAAGUGACUCUGCUGGCACAGGAAGGGAACCUGCCACGCUCUCCGUGUCUAAAAGAUGCCUAAACGCUGAAGGAGGUGAUUUCUCGCCACGUGGCACAGAGCAGGUUCUCCCCCUCCUCCAUGUCCCCCCUGCUCGCCGGUGACAGCCGAGGCCACUCUGUGCCGGGCUCUGGGCCUGCUGCAGGACAGCACGUGCCUGCCCAGCCAGGGUUCCUGCUCUGCCACAUCCACAGCCCUUCCCUGCCCCUCCUGCCCCCGGGGACUGUGACAGAGGACAAGGAGAGUUCCCCUGUGGGGCUGCUGACAGACUGUCACCUUCUGCUGGAUGCUGGUGCAUCGAAAGUGCUUCCUCUGCUCUCCAGCACGACUCCUGAGCCACUCAGCCAUGUCCCCACAGCACAGCCUCUGCUCCAGGCACAGUGGAGCUGGCCUGGAUUACAGGGAAAUGACCCUGGGUACCGAGGAGUUCUGUUGAUCGUUGUUACCUGAGGACGUGGACAGGAAGGCAAAGGAUCACAAGUAAACAAUUCCAUGAAUGAAUGA